AUGUCGAAAUACUCACUAAGAUAUGGCUCCAAGAUGCGUCUCACAUUGCUUGAAUUCGGCUGGCCUAACAAUCAUCCUCUCCAUUCUUCCCCGUCUCUGUUGAGCACAGCCAUCAACGACGAGACAAUGAUGCAAUGGCUUGUAGACCAACAAGGCGCGGAUAUGAACGCAACCUCAUCGCUCGGCGAAUCAGUUCUCUCGUUAGCGAUAUAG